UUGAGCAGACUGAUUUUUUAUAUACUUCUCUAUACGAUCCCCACAUAAAACACAACUAGUCACUUCAAGACAAAUCAAAUGUCUUGGAUAGAUCACACGACAAAAUGCCAACUGCUGGCGAUCUGUUGGAUGACUUGUCCAGUUGGGAUUUUUUUUCUGGUUGUGGAUCUUUUGGCAUUUUUUUUCGAAAAUCAUUUUGCGCCAAUUUUGGCUUUAAAAGUAACGGUUGACCAAGUAGGUUCCCAAAAUAUGAAGUGCUUGUUGUUCUGUAUUGAAAUUUUACUUCUGCUAGUACUGUCAUCUUUGCAUAUUUCCGAAUGUACGAUUCCAAUACAUAAUAAUGAGAAUCCAAAAACUAUGACAACUUCACUACAUGCUUUCAGAGCUGAUGUGAGAGAGGUAUUUGACUUUUCUAAGAGACCAUGGACACCAAAGGCAAGAGACUCUUGCUCCCAAGAAAGAGAUCGAACAAGUCGCCCUUAUAAUUAUGUGUUCUCGGAUCCUACAGGAAGACUUGUAGCAAAAGAAUCUUUAUACAGAUCUUCAUCCAGACAACUAAGUUCUGAAAUUAUAUUGAAAGGGGGAGCAGAAAUAGUUGGUGGCUAUUAUUUCCAAAUACAAGUAGGUGGGCAACCUAUCUAUGUCCAAAUCGAUACAGGAAGUUCAACUCUAGUGGUGCCUCUCAGUCAGUGUAACACUUGCAACGUCCCAGAUAGAUACAAUCUUGCAAAUAGUACAACAGGAACAGUCAUAUCUUGCAACUCUCCGACUUGUGGAGCAAAUACCUGCAAUCAGCAAAUUUGUAGCUCCUGCUCCAGUAGUCAAGCUUGCUGUUCCGAAAAUGGAAUUUGUGGAUUCUUCAUUGAGUAUGGAGAUGGUACCACUGCUACAGGAGCUUUGUAUCAGGAUAUCGUGACAGUAGGAGAAUAUUCUGUGCAAGCAACCUUUGCGGGGGCGGAUACAGAAACCGCAAAUUUUCUGGUAGGGAAGGCAGCAGGUGUCUUGGGACUUGCCUAUAGUUCACUUAGCUGCAAUCCAACGUGCAUUUCUCCAGUAUUUCACCAGCUUGUUGAGAGUUUUAGCCUUCCAAAUAUUUUCUCUGUUCUUAUCAAUCAAGAUAUUGGAGCUUUUGUUGUUGGCGGAGUCAACUCCAGCCUUUAUGAAGGUCCCAUUGAAUAUUCUUCUUUAGCCAACGAACAAAAUCCACAGUUUUAUGAUGUUACAAUAGAAAGUGUUCAAGUCAAUUCGAAUUCUCUCUCGAUUCCUUCCUUUAAUGCCAUCGUGGAUACUGGAACUACGUUAAUUGUUGCUUCCCCUUAUAUCUUUGAUGCAUUGAAAGAAUAUUUUCAAACCAACUUCUGUAAUGUUCCUGGGUUGUGUCCUUCUUCUAGUAAUCCUGGUGUUACUUGGUUUGGAACGGAUUAUUGCGUGAACUUAACUCCAGAAGAGCUGUCACAACUUCCUGAUAUUGAAUUCUCAUUAGCAGGUGGUGUUACUUUAUCUUUAGGACCUGAGCAUUAUAUGUUUCAUGUUUCCAGUAAUAAUAUAUUUUCCGCGGCAUCGGGUUCUUACUGUUUGGGUAUACAACCCUCUUCACAAAACUUAGGGCCAACUAGUGAUGGCAAUGAAAUGAUUCUUGGAAAUACAUUACAACUCAAGUAUUAUUUAGUUUUUGAUCGAGAGAAUAAGCGUAUUGGUUUUGCCAAAGGAAAGCAACUUUCCAGUUAAUUAAUUGCUCAAUUGAGCUCCAUCCAAUUGUCUUGUGACAAAUUGUCUGCGGAACUUGACAUUUUACGCAGUACAUUGUGUGUCGUCUUAAGUAAAGCAACUUUUCCGAUGGCUAUAAGUCAAUUCAUGGAUAACAUUUCAUUUGG